AGUGGACACGAUCGUAAUGUGGACAUUUUUCGUGUCCACGUAACGUUUGCGCUAAUUUCUAACCCUCUUUUGUUAACGCAGUCAUAAUGACAUCUAAUUGUCAUUCUUAAGGUCCUAACAGAGUACUAAUUAAGGUACUGUAUGCAUAUUUUUACGCAGCGCAAUUAUUAAAAAAUAGGCAUAUUGGAUUUGGGGUAUAUAUCUCUCUUUUGUAAUUUUCGUACAUUAGGUGGACACGAUAUAUAUCUUGCAAUUCUGAAGCAGCGGGAGGCUAUAUCUCGGUCGUUUUGAUGACGUGGUCUGUAACACAAAGGAGGCUCCUAAUUAUAUUGUUUUUAUGCAAAAUUAUGUCGGUAUAAAAGAUAUAUUGCAAUUUUAUUGGUUUGGCCUGCAAAAAUACCGCGAAAAUUUUCAGCACAUAUUCUCACCAGCCGGCAUGCCGUACAUCCAUAAUGGCACCUUUGUUUAUCAUGUGGAUUGUCCUGUGGGAACGAUAAAGUGUUAAUUAUUUUGUUUUUAUGGAAUUUCUCUGCCUUGUUUAUGUGAAUAAAGUAGAUGAGGUAAACCCUAUGUUAUAUUUCACCUCAAUGUGCAGAAACAAGUAAUAUAAUUUAUCUGAUUGCCAAGUUUCGCUCAGCUACUUUGCUAACUAGCCAGAAAAGAGUGGUUAGCUAGCUAAUGUACGUUUCUAUUUAUGUAGUCAAACAAGUAGCCACCAAUGUUAGUUAUCGAAAAAUCAAAAAAAUAUAUAAGUGGCUAAGCUUUAGCUAAGUAUCUGGCUACCUUUAGAUGGAUAUAUAUUGCUAUAUUUCCUAUGUUUUAGGGUUGUGUGAGCACUGAGAGUGGAUUUAAGCUAUCCAUUUUGUUAAAAAAAUGGCCAAGGUAGCUCAAGUUCAAUACAAUACUAGAACGAAAAGAAGUAGAGCUAAUGAUGUUAAAUCGCCAAGACAAACUGCACUAUAUUAUUGUAAAAGGGGAACUGAUCCAAAAUCAUUUGUAAAGAAAUGGAUUAAUGAUCACAUUGGAUAUGGUGUGUUUACAACAUUGCCCCUGAAACAUCACCAGUUUGUCCUGCAAUAUCCUGGAAAAGUUCUCACAAGAAAGGAAGGAGAGAGAUUAGAGCUAGAGUAUCCAACUUCCUGUGGAUCAUUUAUUUUCUUUAUGGACAAAAAGUGUGUUGAUGCUACAAAUGAGACCAGGCUGGGAAAAUAUGUGAACCAUUCAAGUCAUCGGAAAUAUUUGAAUUGUUAUCCAAAAUUGAUCGAGGAGGGUGGAAAUGCAUUCAUAUGUUUGUUUGCUUCCUAUGACAUUCCUUUAGGAACUGAACUGCGAUACAAUUAUGGAAUUUCAGGGCUAGAAUGGCAAAAGGAUCCAACACAUAAUAUACCAUUCAAUUUAGAAGACCUAGUUUCAGAUAGGCUAGUGUUGAGUAAGAACUUGACCUUGGUCCAAGGCAAGAAUAACUUGACCUCUGAUGUCAUUGCAAAAAAGAAGGAGGAUAAUGACGAAAAUGUGGGUAUCAUUACAGAUAUUCUCAAAAAAUUGCUUGAUGAUGUGGUGGCAACUCAGAUGGAAAAUAUGGUGCCAGAUUUUUCAGACAGUGAAGAUGAGGGACUAAAAUCAAGUGGCAACAUGUUAAUAAAUUUACUUCCCUUUAUGUCCAUGGUUGAAGAUUCUGAAGAGGCAGAAGAUAUUUCAGAGUUGGAUACUUUGAAUCAUAUUUCGUCUGUCACAGUUUCAACUCCGAUACAGACUAGAAAACUAUCAGUUCAGUAUAAGGCUUCAGGUGUGCAAACAAGUAUUGAUAAAGACAAUCUUGAGGUUGAUUUUACUACGGACAGUCCAUCCAUAUGUGAGAUUUCUGUGAAAAAUGAUUCCGGAUUAAAUGUUGAAGACGAUAUGGAAAUCAUUGAUACAGACGAGGAAGGAAAAGUGGAGAACAGUAUUGCUAUAGAGAAGAAAGAAACAUCUGUAAAGAAAAGCGCCAACGAGAAAGUGGGAAAAUCUGAGGAAAAAGAAGCCAAACAGAUAAACUCAAGACCAUUGAGACCCUGUUUUGUUUGCGAUAAAAAGAUCAAGCAUUCGAAAUUAAAUAGACACAUCACUUUAUGUCAUAAGCAUCAUCCAGAUGUAAAGGAUGCUUUGAACAUGCCUCGAAAAGAAAGACUGAGAGCCUUCGCUAACUUUCGAAAAAUUGGCAUAUAUAAUCAUAAUGUUAAAGAAAUUGAGGAGGGCGGUAGAAAUUUGUUGCGUGAAAAGCAAAACGAUUCAGAUGACCCACUUGUUAUGUGCACCACCUGCAAAGGAUUUUAUGCCAAAACCUUUAAAGCUAGGCACAAGGCAGACUGCUCAAAGAACUCCUGUCAAUUUCCUGUUACAAUUGCUCUGGAUUGUACUAGUGAUGAGUCAUGGAAGCUAUCGGAUGAUCAAUUUAAGCAGAGAAUUUUGAACAUCAUCAGAGACGAUGCCGUUGGUACUCUUGCCAAAUCGGAUCCCGUUAUUUUGAUGGUUGGUCAUCGCCUCUAUGGCAAAAUAAAAAGAAGACUAAACAAAAAGAUGGAAGUUGAACGGUCUGUUCGAAGCGACAUGCGUCGUCUGGCACAUGUUUAUUCCAGAUUUAAAGAUAGGGUGUUGGAAGUACCAAGAGAUUGUUGUAAUGACAAAAACAAUGCUGGUGACAUGUUUCUGAGGGAAAAUUUUGAGGUGCUGAAAUAUUCUAUUGAAUCCUACACUCAUUCUGAUUUGGAAGUUCAAAAGUCAGGACUUAAGGCAGCCUUGUACUACGUGUUGAAAGACGCCGCCGAAAAACUAAUUGGUUAUUACCUUGGUAAAAAUAAUGAUGUUGAUGCAGAAAAAAUUAAAAACUUUUUGGUAUUGCUGAAAUUACGCAAAGAUGAAAUAUUCGCUGACGCAACGUAUGAUUUAAACAUGAGAAGGAAUGUAAAAACUAAAAAACCUGCACAACUUCCAAACGAAGGCGAUGUCCAACUAAUUCGAGAUUAUGUGAUUGAAAGGAUACGCCACUUAUCAUCAGAUCCAUUUAUCAUCAUGGACAGACAUACGUUUGUUGAACUACGUGAUUGUGCUUGCACUCGUCUUGUGCUGUAUAAUGGCCGAAGAGGUGGAGAACCAUCGCGUCUAACCGUUACGCAGUGGAUUGAAGCUGAAAAGGAUGAAUGGUUAGACAAACAGCGGAUACAGGAUAUUGCAAAAGAAACUAACUUAAGCAGUGGGACAAAGAUCACAUUUCAAUCGGGAAAAGGAGUCAACCAUUUAGUUCCUGUUUUUAUUCCUAAAGAUACUGUUGCUGCAAUGAAGUUGUUGGCUAACGAGCAAGUAAGGAAAGAUGCUGGUGUCCUUGAAGAAAACUCAUACAUAUUUCCAGGACCCAAGGUUCUGAUAAUCAUUGCUCUGGAUGGCAUAGCUUAG